AUGGAGCCGUGGUACGAAGGCGCAGCGUGCAGUUACAGUAGCACAUAUGGUAACGAGAGGGUGCUCUGCUACAGGGGUUUCAAGGCUCGUGAUGGUGAGGCGAUUGAAGUUGAAACUUUUUCUACAGUAAACAACUGUUCCAACUUGGGGUCCAUCCUUGAUCCCCCAAGAGGUAACAGACGGGAACCUCGUAAUUACCGUGGUGUGACUAUUAUUAAUUGUCUCGCUAAACUCUUUGAUAUGGUACUGUUUGCGCGACUGGAGAGAUGGUUCAAACCAUACAGGGAGCAGGCUGGAGCACAGCAAGGUCGUGGCUGCAUUGAGCAUAUCGUAACAUUAAGAUUAUUAACUGAUAUGGCUAAAAGGAAGAAAAGGAAACUUUUUGUAAUGUUUGUGGACUUUACUCAGGCUUACGAUCUGGUACCUAGAAGUAUGUUAUUUGCAGUUCUGAAACGUUUGGGUUGUGGUAGUGUUAUGCUGGCGGCACUUGUUGCUAUGUACGCGGUAACGAACAGUGUCAUCGGUUCAGUGAUAGUAGCAGCCACGGUCGGGGUGCGUCAGGGUAGCUCAACAUCUUGUCUGCUCUUUGUCCUGUACGUUAAUGACCUGAUUAAGAUUAUCAAAGAAAAUAGUAAUCCUGAUGGUUUCUUGUCUUGGCUACAUAUUUUAGUCCUAAUGGAUGAUACGGUGCUCCUUGCAACAACCAAAGAUAAUUUAAUCAAUAAAGUAACAUUGCUAAAACAGUACUGCGAUAGCUAUGGCAUGAAGAUCAAUGCAACAAAAACAAAAUUCUUUGUUAUAUGUGGUACAGAACACGACAGAGAGGCAGUAAGAGUAGAUGACCUGGUGGUGGAGUCGUGCGCACAGUACACCUAUCUUGGCUCACCAUUUACAGCUGACGGUUCCGUGUCAGCGGCAGUCGCGGCUCACAUGCAGGCAAAGAUGGCACACUUUAACAAAUUUGUUUUAUUCUUAAAGAAGAAUUGUGACUGGCCCUUUAUCGUAAAGAAGAGAAUAUUUGAUGCUGCUCUCAUGUCAGCCGUGCUGUAUGGGUGUGAGUCGUGGCUGAACGCUGACUUAAAACCAGCCACAAAAAUCUACAACUGGGCAUUAAAACAGCUACUUGGAGUUAGGAAGACCACCUGCAAUGAUAUGUGUUACAUUGAAUCUGGAUAUCCACCUUUAAAAGAUCUUGUACGAAGUAGACAAAGAAAGUUCUUCACUAAAGUGUGGCGAGAAAGAUCUGUAAUGAAUGACGAUCCCCUAAUACGGAAACACAUGUGGUACAAGAUUGUCCUAGUACACAACAUGUGA